AUGUGUGGUACAACAGAAAAGUCAAUUGAAGAAAAAGACGACGAUCUGAGGCUUUGUAAGUUGAAAUUUUAUUUUACUUUGUAAGGUCUUGUCUAUAGCAAUAUGGUUUUAUUUAGAGGUUAACUUUGGUGAGGUUUUACUACAUUUAAAUAACAGUAACUUUACUAAUAUCUACUGUUUCAGGUGCCACCGCCUUUGCCUAUGAACAUGGCUAUAUUGGUGAGGACAUUGAUAUCAAACACUGGGUGAACCUGAACGUCUACUUUGCCAGAACUAUAGAAGAUGAUUCUGAAUUUCCAACCGAUCGUGUUUACAAUGUUUUUAUCAAUCGGAUGAAACAUUUGAAUUCUGAAAAAGAUACGAAGGAGUACAGUAAUUUCAUCCAAGUUCUGACGGAGGAGCGGUUUUACAUUUGUGGCAUUCUUGACAACCUCCGAUCAGUACUACAAAACGAGAGUGAGUUUGACAAUUAUGUUAUACUUGGUCGAAACGCUUCAAAUGUUAAGUGA